AUGGCUCUCGAAUCUCCGAAGAAAGGUCUGUGGAAGGGAAAAGCCAAGGCCUCAGAACCGAUGGGCGAUUUUGACGAAUCCGACCUAAAUCCCGUAAUCACCUACCGGCACAUGCUAUCAAACAACCUCGGUGUGCGCGAUCCUCUCCGUGUAAUCGCCCUUUGCGACAGCGAUGCGUUCUAUGCUGCUUGCGAAAUGGUGCGGCUCGGCGUCGAUUCUGAGACUCCUCUUGUGGUGCUGCAGUGGGACAUGCUGAUCGCGGUGAAUUACCCUGCGAGGAAGUAUGGCAUUUCGCGGAUGGAUAAGAAGAAAGAUGCGCUGAAGAAGUGUCCCCAUGUCAAGAUCGUCCAUGUUGCGACGUAUAAGGAAGGCGAGAAGGAACCUGGGUACUGGGACGAUGUGGACACGAAGACGCAUAAGGUGUCUCUUGAUCACUAUCGAAGAGAGAGCUUGAAAGUAGCGGCUCUGUUUAAGGAGUUACUCCCAGGUGUCGAAAUUGAGAAAGCAUCGAUAGACGAAGCAUUUUUUGACUACACACGACCCGUUAAAGAGAUUCUGCUUCAGCGAUAUCCUUACCUCGCCGAAGUGCCACCGUCUGGUGCUGAUACCCCACUCCCUGCACCUCCGCCCAUUAAUUGGGACGGUUUCGGGAAUUUGAUACCCAUAAAUCCGCCACCUGCAGAAGAGAAUGUUCCAGAUGACACAAAUGAAGCCACGGUCGAAAGAGAACCCUCACCAGCUGUCCUGGAAAAGAAACAGGACGUUGAGGAUCCACCUGCGACAUGGCAUGACGUUGCGCUCUCCAUCGCAGCAGAACUCAUGGCGAAAGCGAAAGAAGAAGUUAGAGUCAAGCUCGGCUAUACUACUUCUGCUGGCAUAUCCAGAAAUAAAUUUCUGGCAAAGCUUGCAGCCUCGUAUAAAAAAUUCAAUUCACACAGCAUUUUGAGAAAUUCGGCCAUACCAAAUUUCCUGCAACCAUUAAAUUUUCAAAAGAUUCGGUUUCUAGGCGGCAAGCUGGGAGAGGCAAUCGCCAGAGAGUAUGAUGCUUCUACGGUCGGAGACUUGCUAACGAUCUCCCUCGACGAGAUGCAGAGUAAAUUUGGGGAGGAAUCAAUAUGGGUCUACGAAAUUCUUCGCGGCAUCGAUCGAAGCGAAGUGAAAGAUAAGGGUUCUACGCUUAACAAGAGCAUGCUUGCGGCAAAGAAUUUGCCUAAACCGAUUACAAAGGCAUCUGAAGGAAAGCACUGGAUUCGAGUCCUUGCUGCAGAACUCGCGUUGCGACUGAAUGACGCUCGUCGGAUUUCCCCACAUCUCUGGCCCAAGACUCUUGUUCUGCAUGCGAGACGAGGGCAUGAUUCUCGUUCAAAACAGGCGCCUUUCCCGUUCACCCGUGAACUUACAGUGGAUACAAUAGCAUCUGCUGGCGAUAAGCUGUGGAAAGAACUGGUUGGAAACAACACGACUUUGAAAGUUAGCAGCGUUUCGUUGGGUUUCACGAAUAUCGAUGUGGCAGAAACUGGUCAGCAAACCAUCGAAGGAUUUCUGAAGCCCCCUUCUUCCGCAAAGAAACGGAUGAGAGAGCUCGAGGUAGAUCUCAACCCGCGUGUCCGACACCCUUUGGAAAUCGACGGACAUGACCCCUGUCCAUCCGGUGGUAAGGAGACCCCUGACGACACAACGACCACCCAAGCGCUGUCUAAGUCUUACACCUGCCCUCGAUGCGGAAAGACCUUUCAAGUUCCCGCGGUCGACCACGACGAAGAGGAUGAGGGGGGUGAAGACCAACUUUUGGCCAAGGUUAAGAGUGAACACGAAGAUUUCCACUUCGCACAAGACUUGGCGAACGAAGGCCAGUCGCACUCAAUUAUAACUGCCUCCAAACGAGCGGAAGCGACGACAACAUCAAAGCCCAGGAAAAAGCAGAAACCUCCGCCAGAACCUAGAGGCAUCGAGAAAUUCUUCCGGAAGUGA